AGUCGGCUCUGGGUCAUCUGCGAGCAUCAAGCGGCUUCGAAGAAGAGAGGAAAAAAGCAGCUUUGAGAUUUCGGGCGAAGAGGCAACGUUUUUCUUUCCUUUAGGGCUGGAGUUCCCGGUGUGGCCGGAACCAGUCGUCAACACAAUGUUCCCAUCGCCUAUCGGCCUUCUUAUGUGAUGUCAUCAAGCCCCCCGCAGGACCAAUCUGGGGUAAAACGGUUAAGCUGCGUCCUUCAGGUGUCAGCCUUGAUGCGUUCGGAAACCACAAUCCCCAGCGUCCCUUGUGCCAGAAGGCCAGGCCAUAAAUCAGACGGCUGCAGAAUGGUAGACAUGCAGCUGGGGGGAAGCCUACUCCCUGGCAGUUUCUUUACCGGAUGUGUUUUAAUAACCGAAUCCCCACAUAUGCACCACUCCACUAAGCACCUUACAGGCCGCGGAGGCCACGGCUGACGCCACGCCCGCUCCUCCAGGAGCAUUCUGGGAGUUGUAUUCCACUCGCCGAGCUGUGUUCAACUACCUUUCCCAGGAUCCCCUGCGCCAGGGCGAUAGCAACAUUCUUUUCCAAGACUCUCUGUGAGACUCCCUACUUCCCAGACCUCUCUUCUGGGUUUCUUCUCGCCAUCAGCUCCUUUCCGUUCGUUGCUUCAGAGUAGCAAUAGCGGGAGCGGCCCCGAGGUCGGGCCGCACCGCCCCGAGAGGCACUUCCGGCGGCGGUUCACUUCCUGGUUGGGUGGAUGGAGCCGGGCGGGAGCGCGCGCGGGGGAGGGGCAGCGGGUCAGUCUCCGCCGGGCGCACGGGGGAUCAGCUGGCUGGCGGGCGCCGAUUGCGGCCCCGGCUCAGGCUGCAGCGCCGCCUCCUCUCCGCCUCGCAGGCCCGCUUGGCGGCCGUGACAAUGUUGCGGGCCUGGUAGCUGGGCGCCGGCCGCUGAACAGUCUCAAGUUUAAACUUACACGAAUCGCUCGCAGGAGGAGGAGGGGAUCCGCCGUGCGAUUGACACGCAUAUUCCUAUAGGCAUCCUCCUCGCUCAGCCCCCACCCCUAAGGCCGGAUUCGGGUGGCUCCUCUGCGAGCUCACAUCCGAGAAGAAAUCUUUAGAUCUCUUUUCUUAAAAAAGGAAAAAAAAAAAAAAAUCUAGAAAUCAUCGUCAUUUUGCUUUGCUGCUUCUCAUUUGCAAGAUGAAGAAGUUUUUCGACUCCCGGAGAGAGCAGGGCGGCUCUGGCCUGGGCUCCGGCUCCAGCGGUGGAGGGGGCAGCACCUCGGGCCUGGGCAGUGGCUACAUCGGAAGGGUCUUUGGCAUCGGGAGACAGCAGGUCACUGUGGACGAGGUGUUGGCAGAAGGUGGAUUUGCUAUAGUGUUUCUGGUGAGGACAAGCAAUGGGAUGAAAUGUGCCUUGAAACGCAUGUUUGUCAACAAUGAGCAUGACCUCCAGGUGUGCAAGAGGGAAAUCCAGAUCAUGAGGGACCUGUCAGGGCACAAGAACAUUGUGGGGUACAUUGAUUCUAGCAUCAACAAUGUCAGCAGUGGUGAUGUAUGGGAAGUUCUCAUUCUCAUGGAUUUCUGCAGAGGAGGCCAAGUGGUAAACCUAAUGAACCAGCGCCUGCAAACAGGCUUUACAGAGAAUGAAGUGCUGCAGAUAUUCUGUGAUACCUGUGAAGCUGUUGCCCGCCUGCAUCAGUGCAAAACUCCUAUUAUCCACCGUGACCUGAAGGUUGAAAAUAUCCUCUUGCAUGACCGAGGCCACUAUGUCCUAUGUGACUUUGGAAGUGCCACCAACAAAUUCCAGAAUCCACAAAUUGAGGGAGUCAAUGCAGUAGAAGAUGAAAUUAAGAAAUACACAACGCUAUCCUAUCGAGCACCAGAAAUGGUCAACUUGUACAGUGGCAAAAUCAUCACUACAAAAGCAGAUAUUUGGGCUCUUGGAUGUUUGUUAUACAAAUUAUGUUACUUCACUCUGCCAUUCGGAGAGAGUCAGGUGGCAAUUUGUGAUGGGAGCUUCACAAUUCCUGAUAACUCUCGAUAUUCUCAAGACAUGCACUGCCUUAUUAGGUAUAUGUUGGAACCAGAUCCUGACAAAAGGCCAGAUAUUUACCAGGUCUCCUACUUCUCAUUUAAACUACUCAAGAAAGAAUGCCCAGUUCCAAAUGUACAGAACUCUCCCAUUCCUGCAAAGCUUCCUGAACCAGUGAAAGCCAGUGAGGCAGCUGCAAAAAAGACCCAGCCAAAGGCCAGACUGACAGAUCCCAUUCCUACCACAGAGACUUCAAUUGCACCCCGCCAGCGGCCUAAAGCUGGGCAGACUCAGCCAAACCCAGGAAUCCUUCCCAUUCAGCCAGCCCUCACGCCUCGAAAGAGGGCCACGGUUCAGCCUCUACCUCAGGCUGCAGGACCCAGCAAUCAGCCUGGCCUCUUGGCCAGCGUUCCCCAACCAAAAGCCCAACCCCCGCCCAGCCAGCCUCUGGCCCAAUCUCAGCCCAAGCAGCCUCAGGCCCCAUCCAUCCCGCAGCCCACACCUUCCACCCAGGCCCAGGCCACACCUCAGCACCAGCAGCAGCAGCUCUUCCUCAAGCAACAGCAGCAGCCGCCACCGCAGCAGCAAGCACAGCACCAGCCACAGCCGCCACAGCCGCAGCCACCGCAGCCAGCAGGCACAUUUUACCAGCAGCAGCCGCAGCAGCAGGCGGCGCAGACUCAGCAGUUUCAGGCAGUACAUCCACCAAGCCAGCAAGCAGCGAUUGCUCAGUUCCCUGUGGUGUCCCAGGCAGGCUCUCAGCAGCAGCUGAUACAGAACUUCUACCAGCAGCAGCAGCAGCAGCAACAGCAACAGCAGCAGCAGCAGCAGCAGCAGCAGCAGCAGCAGCAGCAGCAGCAGCAGCAGCAGCAGCAGCAGCAGCAGCAGCAGCUGGCCACACCCCUGCACCAACAGCAGCUGAUGACUCAGCAGGCUGCUCUGCAGCCCAAGACUGCAGUGGUGGUGCCGCAGUCCCAGGCACAGCCGGCUGCAGCUCCGCAGCCAGCCCCUGCCCAGGAAUCUGCGCAGAUUCAAGCCCCUGUAAGACAACAGCCAAAGGUUCAGACAACCCCACCUCCUACCAUCCAGGGGCAGAAAGUUGGAUCUCUCACUCCUCCAUCAUCUCCCAAAACUCAGCGGGCUGGGCACAGGAGAAUUCUCAGUGAUGUGACACACAGCGCAGUCUUUGGGGUCCCUGCCAGCAAAUCAACCCAGCUGCUCCAGGCAGCUGCAGCUGAGGCCAGUCUAAAUAAGUCCAAGUCUGCAACCACCACUCCAUCAGGCUCUCCUCGGACCUCCCAACAAAACGUCUGUAAUCCUUCAGAAGGUUCUACAUGGAAUCCCUUUGAUGACGACAAUUUCUCCAAGCUCACAGCUGAAGAACUGCUAAACAAGGACUUUGCCAAGCUAGGGGAAGGCAAACAUCCUGACAAGCUUGGCGGCUCAGCAGAGAGUUUGAUCCCAGGCUUCCUGUCGACCCAGAGUGAUACUUUUGCCACUUCUUCAUUUUCUGCUGGAACUGCUGAAAAAAGGAAGGGUGGGCAGACUGUGGAUUCUGGCAUCCCACUUCUAAGUGUGUCUGAUCCUUUCAUUCCUCUUCAGGUACCUGAUGCACCAGAAAAACUAAUUGAGGGACUCAAAUCUCCUGAUACUUCUCUUCUGCUCCCUGACCUCUUGCCUAUGACAGAUCCUUUUGGUAGCACUUCCGAUGCUGUAAUUGAAAAAGCUGAUGUUGCUGUUGAGAGUCUCAUACCAGGACUGGAGCCCCCAGUUGCCCAGCGCCUCCCAUCUCAGACGGAGUCUGUGACCUCGAACCGCACAGAUUCUCUCACUGGGGAAGAUUCUCUGCUUGACUGCUCUCUGCUUUCUAACCCUACUGCUGACCUUCUGGAAGAGUUUGCCCCCCUAGCAAUCUCUGCUCCGGCCCAUAAAGCUACAGAAGAUAGUAAUCUCAUCUCAGGUUUCGAUGUCCCUGAGGGCUCGGAAAAGGUGACAGAAGAUGAGUUUGAUCCUAUUCCUGUAUUGAUAACCAAAAAUCCACAAGGUCUCCAGAGAGAGCCCAAUCCCUGUCCUGUAAUCACUGUAGAGCACUUUAAAGAAUCAGCGGACAUUAAAGGCCUUCCCCUGUAUCCAGACCCCUCCAGAGUACCUGCCACAAAGAUUCAGAACAACUUAGAAUCUGACUACUUGGCCAGAGAUGGCCCUUCAAGCAACAGUUCUUUCCACAGCAGUGAAGAGGAAGGGACUGACUUGGAGGGAGACAUACUAGACUGCAGUGGGUCUCGACCUCUCCUUUUGGAGUCUGAAGAAGAGGAGGAAAACUGCAAGCCUCCCCAGGGGAAGCUGGGAGGAGCCGGUCCAUUUGCCCAGCCUGAAGUCUCUACUGAGCAAGCAAAGGCAGUGCAAGGUGAAAGAAAGAGCCAGUUCCGGUCCCUCCCACAGCCAGCCGCUGAUGGGUGUGGUGAGCCAGAUGUUUUUGCUACAGCCCCUUUCAAAAGCUCAAGGGUUCCAACUGAUGACAUGGACAUCUUCUCCAAAGCCCCAUUUGUCUGCAAGGGUGAUGUGACUCCCUCCCAGCCAGAGGAGGUGGAUGUAUUCUUGAGAGCUCCUUUUACCAAGAAGAAGAGCAUGGAGGAGUUACCAGUUGCCCAGAACUCCUCCCAGGAGCUACCUGCACAGGCCAGUCUCCUCAGUCAGGCAGGUGAUGUCCCUCUGUUUUCAGGCCGUGAGAGAGCAGGGUAUCCCUCUGUCCAAGCUCAGUAUUCCAUGGCCGGUUUUGUGCAACAAUCUAACCUUGCCUCCCAUUCUCCACAAGCAGCAGACCAUCUUGACAACAUCUCUCCCAUGGGAUCCUCCGUGGAACCUGGAGCCCCUGCUAAUGACAGAAAUAAAGGACCUCAGCCCCAGAAAGAAGCUGGCUCUGGACCAGUGGCUGGCAAACCAUUCCGCCCCCAAUCAUUAUCCAAAUAUUCACGUCACUAUAGCCCUGAAGAUGAGCCAACUCCUGAAGUCCAGCCCAUUGCUGCCUACAAAAUUGUUUCACAGACCAAUAAGCAGUCAAUAGCUGGCUCUGUUUCCAUCACCUCCCUCUCCUCCAGGACUACGGAGUUGCCAGCUACUGAUCCUUUUGCUUUAGCACCCUUUCCUUCCAAAGCAGGCAAGCAGAAACCCUAGGAGCAGGACCUGAGCAGUACUCUCUUCACGUGCCCCACCAGUACCUACCAUACCACUCCCUCGGAACUUUCCUAAGAAGAAAUAUUAUGUUAUUAUCUCUCAACCCUUUAAGUUAACAAUCUCAAUUGCCAUGAUACUGAGAUGAAGCCCCUUUUAAGUUAUGCCUGUUUCUUUUGUUUCUAUUGAGUUCUGGACAUUCAGGCAAUUCUAUUUCCUUCACAGAGGCCUCCCACCUCCACUAAAAACUUUUUUUUAACCCAGACAUUGUUUUAAUCUAGGAAUAUUUUACCCAGAUCCCCAGGGGCCAAAACUCUUGAUAGUUUUAAUUCCUGCAGUUCCUGUUGAGUCAUGUUCAUUGAAGAGUCAAGAUGAAUUCCUCCAGGACUUUAUUUAAAACUUGAAAAGGAGAAAUUUCUAGAAAAAAAGAACUAUACAAGUCUUGUGCUUCAAGAGAAAGUAUAAUCCCGCAGCUACUAAUCAUUCCUAUAGAACCAGCAGCUCUUGAAGGAUUUUGUGGAUUUGAGUCUGUGCAAGCCAGGCUGAGCCUUGAGCAUAUGUCUGUGGGUGUGUGAUGUGUGUCAGAUGCUAUCCUGGCUUCACAUGUGCUAGGAAGAGUAUGGGAGAACUGUGCUCAUGUCCAGUCAUCUGGGCAGGGCCUUCCCCACAUCCAUACUUUUUAAAAUUAAUAUGGAUGCAUAGGCUGUGUGUGUGUGUGUGUGUGUGUGUGUGUGUGUGUGUGCAUUUGUGCUCACAGGAAGCAUUUUCCUUAAGUAAAUCCUGUCCCACCACGCCUACCUCUGCAGUUGAAUCACUCAUUGACUGGCAUUUGCCUGCUGACCUCACUGACUUGAACCGUGGUUUUUUGUUUUUUGUUUUUAAAUCUAAUGACAAAAUUGAAUUUAUUGGAAGGUGUAGGGAAAUCUUGUUGGAGCUGAGAUUUCAGAGCAGAUUUCUUUCUUCUCUAGAAUUUUCUCCUUGUUAUUAACAGAUUCUGUUUACUAGCUUGGGAAUGUAGCUCAGAGGUAGAACACUUGCGUAGCACACCCAAGGGCCCAGGAUUCCAUCCCUGGUGUGGGGAAAAGAAAGUAUAAAUUGUAUUUACCUGGUUGUGAAAAAAUUGUCCUUUUUGUUUUCCCCCCUCUAAACAGUAGAAAAGUACCUUCUUUAUGGUUCUCUGUUCUAAGUAUCUAGACCCAAUGCAGUCAUUACAGAAUUCAUUGUGAGAGAAGGCUGUGAACUAGAUUUGCUUGUUUUAUUUUGUUUUUGUUCCUUGUCCUGUUUCUCUACUGCCUUUUGAGGAAAUAGUGGAUCUGGGACACUAAAUAAAUUUGGAAGAAUAGAAAACAGUUGAGUUAGCUAGUGAUUGCAAAGUACAUUCUGUACGCUCCAUAUAUGUUAAAGUAGGGCAAACAGGUGAUGUUUUUGAAAGUAUCUUUUAUUUCUGGAAGAUCUGACUCAUUUCUAGCUUUUUUCAUGCCCUUUGUUUUUAGCGCCCUAAAAUCAAACCUACGUGCUGAUGGGAAGAUUUCUGCUGAGGAAGUUCAAUUAAAUGGAACGAGUUGCUGCAUCAAGUUUCAACCUGAGAGCUUCCUGUGACUUCUAGUAAAUGUUAGCAGUUUCUCCAUUAACAGGAGAAGUUCAGAGAGUUGUGUACCAAAACAGAUUAGUGAUUUAAAAUUACUGAAAAUUCAUCCCAAAAGCCUAAAUGCCAAGCUCCACUAUAAUUGAUGGGAUAUUGGGGGUGGGGGCUCAGUGAUAGAGCAUAUGCUAAGCAUACAUGAAGCCAUGGGUUCAAUCCAAAGAACCAAAAACUAAAAUU